AUGGUCAGGUUUUACUUGAUUAUAUUAGCUGUAGCUCUGUGUAGAGCUUCAGCUCAAAAAUUGUUUCCGGACAAUUUCAAAUUUGGAGCAGCUACUGCCGCCUAUCAAAUUGAAGGAGCUUGGGAUGAAGAUGGAAAAGGAAUAAAUAUUUGGGAUACCUUCACACAUACAGCAGGCAAAAUUAGAGACAAUUCCACUGGAGACGUCGCUUCUGACUCUUAUCACAAAUACAAAGAAGAUGUUGCUAUUCUCAAGGACUUGGGUGUCAAGUUAUACAGAUUCUCCAUUUCGUGGUCGAGAAUUAUGCCUGAUGGUCGUCCAUACAGCAUCAAUCAAGCUGAUAUCGAUUACUAUGUCAAUUUGGUUAAGGAACUGAUCGAAAACGAUAUCGAACCAUUUGUCACUUUGUACCAUUGGGACUUGCCCCAAUAUCUUGAAGACCUUGGUGGUUGGUUGAACCCCAGAAUUGCUGAUUAUUUUGGAGAUUACGCUAGGGUCGUUUACACAGCUCUGGGACCUUAUGUCAAUUAUUGGGUUACCAUCAAUGAACCAAGUACUACUUGCGUCCUUGGUUAUGGCCAGGGUAUCCUAGCCCCAGGCAAAACUCUCAUCGGCGACGGAGUCUACCUUUGCGCCCAAAACAGUUUGAAAGCUCACGCUAAGGCCUACAGAAUCUACGAAACCGAAUUUAAACCUCUUACCUAUUUUGUCGUGUUUGGGUUUUUGUAUUAA